UUCUAAAUAAUAAGCGCCGACGGGGAGGGCGGGGGUGAAACUACACUAAACAUGGAAGGGAAAAAAAGUCAGGCUGCAUAUUGAAAGAGUCAAGCUGCAUAUUGAAUGUCCAAAUAACUGCCUUUUGUUUUGCUUUUUAAGGAAACACAGCAAGGGUGUAGCUGCUGGUGGGAUAAGGAAGGACGGACACCUAUUGGUAUCAGGUGAGGAGUUCCACACAACAUCGAACAGAGAGUGACAGUUGACCCCACACUGUUAACUCCACAAGCUCAGGAUGGAGGAGCCCAUUUAUGCUACAGGCAUGGCCGCCAAGCUGAGGAGCCAGUGGGAUCGUGAUGACGGUCUGGGACAGAACCACAAAGCAGUGAAGUUUCUUGGUCAGGACUAUGACAGUCUGAGAGCCCAGUGCCUCCAGAGUGGGAGGCUUUUUGAGGAUAACUUGUUCCCUGCUGCUGCGACGUCUCUGGGGUUCAAAGAGCUCGGCCCAAAGUCCCCCAAGAUCUACGGAGUCCGCUGGAUGAGGCCCACGGAGUUCUGCAAGAGGCCUGAGUUCAUUGUGGGCGGAGCUACUCGCACAGACAUCUGUCAGGGAGCUCUGGGGGACUGCUGGUUGCUGGCAGCCAUCGCCUCGCUGACCUUAAACGACAACCUCCUUCACAGAGUGGUUCCUCAUGGACAAAGCUUCGAGCAGGGAUAUGCUGGCAUCUUUCACUUUCAGUUUUGGCAGUUUGGCGAGUGGAUGGAUGUGGUGAUCGAUGACCGGCUGCCAGUGAAGGAUGGGAAGCUGCUGUUCGUCCACUCUGCUGAGGGAACUGAGUUCUGGAGCGCGCUGAUUGAAAAGGCAUACGCUAAGUUGAACGGCUGCUAUGAGGCUCUGUCAGGCGGCAGCACAUCAGAGGGCUUUGAGGACUUUACAGGUGGCGUGACGGAGCAGUACGAGCUGAGCAAACCCCCCUCCGACCUCUUCGGCAUCAUCAAGAGGGCCAUCGCCAGAGGAUCACUGCUGGGCUGCUCCAUAGACAUCACGAGCUCAGCCGACCAGGAGGCCGUCACGUUCAAGAAGCUGGUGAAAGGACACGCCUACUCUAUGACUGGAGCAGAGGAGGUGCAGUACAGAGGAACUAUGACCAAGCUGGUUCGCAUCAGGAACCCCUGGGGGGAUGUGGAAUGGACCGGACCCUGGAGCGACAACGCCAGAGAGUGGGACCAAGUGGAUCCCUCCGCCAGAGGUCGGCUUCAAAACCGCAGUGAUGACGGUGAAUUCUGGAUGUCGUACAGUGACUUCCUGCGCGAAUUCAGCCGCCUGGAGAUCUGCAACCUGACUGCUGACGCCCUGGAGGACAACCAGCUGAAAAAAUGGUGCUCUUCGCUUUAUCAGGGAGAGUGGAGGAGGGGCAGCACUGCUGGAGGCUGCAGGAACUUCCCAGCAACCUUUUGGCUGAAUCCUCAGUUCAAGAUUGUGCUGCAGCACCCGGACUCUCACAGCAACUCAGACUGCAGCUUCCUGGUUGGCCUCAUGCAGAAGGACCGCAGGAAGAAACGGCAGGAGGGCAAAGACAUGGAGACCAUCGGGUUUGCCAUCUAUGAGGUUCCACAUGAGCAUGCCGGCACCUCAGGGAUCCACCUGAAGCGAGACUUUUUCCUCACCCACGCCUCCAGAGCUCGCUCAGAGCUCUUCAUCAACCUGAGGGAGGUUAGCUCGAGGUUACGGCUGCCACCCGGGGAAUACAUCAUUGUCCCCUCCACCUUUGAGCCGAACAAAGAGGCCGACUUUGUCAUCAGGGUUUUCUCUGAGAAUCCUGCCAAGUCUGAGGAGCUUGAUGAUGAUGUUGAAGCGCAUCUCCCACCAGAGGUUGAGCUAAAUGAGAGCCAAAUCGAUGCAGGCUUCAAGGGUCUCUUCAGACAGCUGGCAGGGCCGGACAUGGAGAUCAGUAUCACAGAGCUGCAAACCAUACUGAACAGGAUCAUCAGCAAACAUAAAGACCUGAAGACAGACGGCUUCUCACAGGAAUCUUGUCGCAGUAUGAUCAGCCUCAUGGACACUGACGGCAGCGGAAAGCUGGGCCUGACAGAGUUCCAUGUACUCUGGGAAAAGAUUAAACGAUACCUGAAUAUUUUCAGGGAGUUUGAUGUGGACAAAUCAGGCAACAUGAGCUCCUAUGAGAUGAGGCUGGCUCUUAAAUCUGCAGGUUUCACGCUGACCAACCAUUUGUUCCAGCUGAUCAUCCUGCGCUACUCAGAGGCCGACAUGACUAUCGAUUUUGACAACUUUGUCACCUGUCUGAUCAGACUGGAGACCAUGCACAAAACCUUUCGAACCCUGGACACAAAUAAUUCAAAAUCCAUAACCCUCAACUUCACUCAGUGGAUUUCCCUGACCAUGUUUGCCUAGAGAUGAGUGGACUCCUCUGUAACUGUUACACUGCAUCCUGUGGCAGCUCCAGGCCCAGCAUGUGUCAGAAGUGCCUUUUCUCUUCUCUCCUCCACGCAGCUCGCUGCUGAGGCCCACUGAUGCUAAAAGACUGUAAAUUCAUCUGUACAGUGCCUAUAUUGGAAACAUGUGCCAAUUCUUUACUUGUCACCUGUUUUGUAAACAGAGAGUUCACUGAUAAGCGAAAAAACAUCCUAAUAGCUAACAUACUUUAGGACAACCUGGCAAUCUGCAAAACCCUCUGCUGUCAGUUAUCAGUCUCAGUGCCAGAUGUGGUUGAUGUGGCGAGCUACUGUGUGUGCCAGCUACUCUUAAAUGCCUCACAUUCAGCGCAUAUGAAUGUGCAUUAUAUGUAUCUCUAUUAUCUGACAUUGCUGGCCUGGCACCUUCUGUUUACAUCUUACCAAACUUUGCUUUGUCUUCAGAGACAAUGGUGGUGGUCAGUGCGUGAAGUAUAAUUAAACUGCAGUUUUUAAAAUUGUAUGAUGAAAAAUGCCAGGUUAGGGGGUAUUACCUAAUUUAAUUGUCCUAUUUGCGCUAAUGCAAAUGUAUAUUGACCCAUGUGAGUUCAUUUUUCCAGAGCCGAUGCUGCCUAAACGAUGUUAGCACUAUGCUGUGUUAUUUGUCGCAUAGAAUGUUUUUCGCAUGAACAAGUUAGCGCACCAAAGCUUCUGCUUAUUCCAUUAUCUAACGUGUACAAAGAAAAUUGAACAAAACCAGAAACCGAGAUCGCUGGUCUUAAUAAAAUAAAAAAAGUAAAAUGUCCGCGUUUUUAAAGGUCAAUUUAAGGAUAGCUAAACUUAAUAAAUAAACAAAAGGCUUAGACUUAAUAUUGAACAAAAUUCAUGAUUGUCGUAUUCCUGCCACUUAACCAUACAUUAUUUUUAUUAAAUCGGUAGCCUACUGUGAUUCAUGUCUAUGUAACGUUAAUGAUUUAUCAAUUUAUUUAUUUGAUUAAAGCUACUUAAUCUUACUUUGGUUGACCGUUAAAGGUUACACAUAGUGUUACAUCUCGUGAUGAGUCUGACUUUUAAAAAGAGUUAUCUCCAACUUUGACUUCAUUGCACAGGUCUGUUGUCAUGACAAUAACACUACAACUCUAUCCUCAUAAUGCAGGAACAAGAUUAACAGAAUUUAGUGUCUUCAACAGCAGUUGUUCCUGCAUUACGAGGAUAGAGUAGUAGUGUUAUUGUCAUGACAACAGACCUGUGCAAUGAAGUCAAAGUUGGAGAUAAAUCAACUCUUUUUACCAGUCAGACUCAUCACAAGUCAAAACACUAUGUGUAACCUUUAACGUUCACCCAAAGUAACAGAUUAAGUAGCCAUAAUCAAAUAAACUGAUGUAUAGGCUAUAAAAAUUAAUCAUUACGUAGACUCACAGCACUCUAUAAUAAUUCCAGUGUUUAAGCCAAUUUACAGUUUAAGUAAAAUAAUGUGGUUUAGCCUAAUGGCAGAAAUACAACAAUUAUGAAUUAUGUUCAAUAUUUAGGCUAGGCUAUUUUUAAAUUUAUUUAUUAAGAUUAGCUAUCCAUAAAAAUAUAUAUAUUUUUUAAGGCGUGAUCUGUGUUUCCCGUUUUAGACUUUCUUGUUCAAUUUUCAUUGUACAAGUUGGAUAAUGGAUCAAGCCGACGCUUUGGUGCGCUAAAUUACAAUGCACUUCUUCAUUCAAUGCACCAAUAACACAGCAUAGUGCUAACAUAGUUUAGGCAGCAUCGGCUCUGGAAAAAUGAACUCACAUGGGUCAACAUACAUUAGCGCAAGUAGGACAAUGAAAUUUAGUAAAACCCCUAAACUUUUUCAUCAAACAAUAUUAACAACUGCAGAUGAAUUAUACUUCACGUGCUCUAUAUAUUAUAUUAAAACUAAUCCUGUUUAGCUUUAAAGCAUAUCUGCUUAUCAUUAUGCAUGGCACUUUUUACUGACUGGAUAUCAUAGGGGUUAAAAAAAAAAGAUGUGUCACCCUUGUUUAAUCUAGCUUUUCGAAGGGAACAAGAACAUGUCAAUACUUUCGGUGAAGGUAAACAAUUAUGCAAGGUGGAUGGAAAUGUUGUAUGCAUGUAGUGUUAAAUGUGAUAUAUUGUCUGCCUGUCUGUUCAACCAGGGGAGCAAGUGUUUUAUUUGAAAAGUUGUAUUCCAAAAUAACAUGUCACUUUUAGGGGAAAAAAGACUUAAACGCCUUAAGUGUGGAGGAUGUACAUGUAAAAUGUCAUACUUACUUACAUACAUACAAAGAGUCAAACUGCAAAUGUUUGAAAUACCAAAAUUGUUCUGCCAAAUAUUUUUUUUGCUUUUUGUAAAUGGAGGAACUGAAUUUAAGAACAUUUAAUCCAAAAGUGUAUGCCAAGCCUUUAAAUGUAAAUGGUACUCCAACAAUGCCAGCAAUCAUGUCUUCAGUUUUUGCAGUGUAAUGCUUAUGUAACAUUACCUAAUGUUUACAAUGGUAACAUUCAGGGUCCCUUUGGAGCCAUUCAUGAUGCAAUACAUGGAUUUACUGUGUAGUGUCUCUGUAAAACUUUCUUAUACAAUUUGAAAAUAAACAUGGGGGGAUUUUCAUGA